CCGGAAUCAAAGGAUUGACUGACUUGCUCGACGACAGACAAAGACCCAAGGACUGACUACGACAGCCAGCACAAGCAGCCAUGCAGCGCGCUUCGAUCAUGCGGAGUUCUGUUCUCAAGAACCUUCAAGCAGCAACAUCACGUAGCCAGAUGCGCCUACAGAGCACAAUGGCAUCCGAUCCACAAGCCAACAUUGGCGACUACCCGACCAACAUCCCGGCCAUCAACCGGCAGACACGCAGCGAGACGGUCAAGUGGGACAACCAGCAAGACCGCAGAAACUUUAACGAGCCGCUCCACGAGCUUGAUGAUGUACUUACUGUGUUUGGGCCUGAUGUGCACACACAUGUCAAACCGCGCACCGCCUUCUUCCACCUCGGCGUAUGGCUCGCGUGCUUCAUGGGCGUCGUCGGCUUUGGCAAAAUCAUGUUCUUCGAGUUGCCAGCCGAAAGGAGAACAUACCCAUACAACGGCCUUGAGAAGGAGCUCGCGGGAAACAAAGCACGAACAGAGUAAAGAAUAACUCAUGCAAUACAUCAUUAUUGACAUCACAUCGCCAUCACCGCUUUCAACCUCGC